UUCAUGACCUCAAAUUUUGGGUAGAUGUCUCGAAAACGUGAACAUGCCGUCGAUUGUGAGAUGGCUAAGCGUGGAGUUUGGCUUGUGAAGGUACCUCGUUAUCUGUCAGAUUUAUGGGAAGCCAAUGCUGGUACCGACGUAGGUCGACUUGUAAUACAUCAGGGCGCAAAUGGAAAAGGAGAUGUAAAACUGAAGUCUCGUCCUGGUCUUGUUCUACCACAAUCUGUAACUUCCACUUUGAAAGGGCCUGCACAAAUACCUGACGAACACUCAUUUAUUCUUGGAGAUGUUCUUAAUCAAACGAUGGCGGUGCUAGCAGAAGAUAAGACUGGCUUAAACGAGGACGCUGAUGUCAGGUCUGGAAGAUUAUCAUUAGAGGGCAGAGUAGUAAAGCGUGCGGAAUGCCGCCCACCUGCAUCAAAUAGUUAUCUGAAGAUGAAAAUAGCACAAAUUUCAAAUAGUGGUCAGCCUAAAAAACAAGUUCUGCAAAUGGAGAAGGCUGCUGUUAAAUUCAAACCUGUUGCUGCACAUGCUGAAGAUAUGAUGCGUAUCAAACAGAAGAAAGAAGGUGCUAAAACAGUUCGCGCAGAUCGUAAUGUUCUUAUGCAAGCGUUGUUCCAUGCGUUCGAGAAGCAUCAAUACUACAGACUCCAAGAUUUACAACAAUUGACGCAGCAACCUGCCGGAUACGUGAAGGAGCUGUUGACUGAAAUUGCUGUAUACAAUACAGCACCGCCCCAUAAAAGCAUGUGGGAGCUGAAACCGGAAUAUCGCGAUUAUGCUGUACAAAAGUCAUAG